AUGAACGGAACCAUGAGUGGGUAUUGGUCAGAAUUGAUAACAAGGAAUCUUGAUGUAUUCGUUACUGGCAUCAUUACACCAUCUAGUGCAAUAGGUUACUUUGAAACAAGUGUAUUUGCUCUACAAGAUAGCACCCAUUUUACAGUACCUUAUAUCGUAAAAGAGGAAAAUAGAUUGAAUUUUUUUGGAAUUUUUGAUAAGUACAUAUGGAUUGCUUUAACUUCAUCUUUACUGUUAUUAAUUGUAUUUUAUAUCACUGUUACCAAGUUACUGAAGUUUGAAAACAAAUACACUAAGACCCAUUUAAUUGUUACUAUGUUCCAACUGCAAAUGGAUGGAUCGCCAAUUUGGAAACCAAGAAGUGACAGUGUGAAACUAAUAACAGUCAUUUUCCUGUAUUUAUUCUUAAUAUUGAAUACUUGUUUCAAAGGCAAACUAUUCAAUUCUAGAGUAUCUGAUAACAUCAAUCAAGAGUACGAAACUUUGGAGGAUAUCGUUAACAAGAAACUCAAAGUUGGGAUACAUGAUGUAGCUAAAAAUAUUCUGAAUUCAUCCGAAAAUGUAUUUGAGAAGUACAUAGUCAAAAAUGGAGAAUCUUGUGGUAUAGAUCUGUAUUGUCUCAAUAGAACUGCGUUUCAAAAAGACUUUGCUACAAUCAAAUUCAAAAGUACUGUGGAAUACUUACUACCAAGAUUAUAUGUAGAUGAAAACGGAUUGCCUUUAAUAAACACAAUAGAUACCUUCACUCAUUUAUACCUCUACUUUCAUUUUUUCUUUAGAAAGGGACAUCCGUUGUUUGAAACUUUUAACAGAGAGCUGAUACAUCUUCAUCAACAUGGACUUAUUUCGAAAAUUUUGCAUGAUUUCCAGAGGAACAAUACUUUUGCCAUGGUGUUGGCUAAACGAAGGGAUAUUUUAAAAUUUUCUUCUGUGGCGUUAAUAGAGUUAAAGAGUAUUUUUCAGAUUUAUUUGGUGUGCAUUCUUGUAUCGUUUGUUGUCUUUUGUUUAGAGAUGAUACAAUCGAGAAAGAGUUAUUUUAUACAUUAA